AUGAAGAAGACUGUCCCGUUACCGGAGCACCUUGCACCAGCCAAGCAUAUGAUCGCAGCGUCUGUGGGGGAAGUCGCUGCGUGCUUAAUUCGCGUACCGACUGAGGUCAUCAAGACGCGUAUGCAGACAUCAUCAUAUGGUGCUUUGGGAAGCUCAUCGUAUGCUGCUGCAAAGUUGGUCCUGACCAAUGAUGGCCUGAAGGGGUUUUAUCGAGGGUUUGGGAUCACAGUAAUGCGUGAAAUUCCGUUCACGUCUCUCCAAUUCCCAUUGUACGAACUCCUGAAGCUCAAACUGUCUCAACGACUUGGUCGGAAGCCUCUAUAUGCCCAUGAGGCAGCCAUCUGUGGAAGCAUAGCUGGAGGCGUUGCUGCCGCACUAACAACGCCUCUCGACGUCCUCAAAACACGCGUCAUGCUUGACUUACGUGAUUCAUCGAAGGAGAAACUUCCACCCCUGGCGAUACAACUAAAAGCCAUUUACGUCAAUGAAGGCGCCAAGGCGCUUUUCGCAGGCAUCGUACCCCGUACUCUGUGGAUAUCUGCCGGAGGGGCCGUUUUCCUCGGAGUGUAUGAAUGGGCCGUGCAUGGACUGAUGGGCAUAUAG